GUGGACAGUUGGCAGGCCUUGGUUAAAAAAUACACCAACUGGAAUGACUUGCACUGUGUGCAUAGAACAUGAGGAGGCACUGAAAGGGCAGUGUGCAAUACAGUCCAGAGUUUUUAUUGAUGGGUGCAACAGCAUGAAAUCUGAGAGCAUCUCCCUACAUGAGAACGCACAGGCUCACAGGCUAGCACUUAGCAUUGAUUCUAGAAAGUUGCAACCGGAAAUGUCCCCAGCCACCCUUGCAUGUCAAGCCCUGAACAAAGCACACAUGGAAAAGCUACGCCUGCUAUUCCGCAACACACAUGCCUUGGCAAAAAACAGAAAAUCAUUUUUAGACUACAAAUGGCUAUGUGACCUUGAUGAAGUUAAGGGCUUGGAACCUGGGAAAACUUACCAUAAUGAGACUGCAUGCCGAACAUUCACAAAGUCUAUUGCUAGCACCACCAAGCAACAGUUGGCCGAUGUCAUCAAUAACAGAAGUUUCAUUAGUAUCACAUCAGAUGGAUCAACAGACAGUUCUCGCACAGAGCAGGAGAUUGUAUUUGUUAGGUUUGCUGAGAAAGGUACUGUGCAUACUGUAUUUGCAGGGAUUGUAUCACCUAAGAGCCCUGAUGCUAUUUGGAUAUAUAAUGCCAUCCUGAAAGGCCUAGAGGGAAUGGGUAUCACACAGGACACCCUUGGGGAAAAACUGGCAGGUCUGGGGUGUGAUGGUGCAUCAGUGAUGACAGGGAGAGUUGGUGGAGUGGCUGCAUUCUUUAGAGAUCUGCAGCCAUCAGCGACAGUCAUUCACUGCCUGGCACACAGGCUGGAAUUAUCAUGUAAAGAGCAUCAAGCUCUAUGAUUCCACUGUUGUCUUGCUCAUGUUAGUGUAUUAUUUUUAUAGAAACUCCCCAAAGCAGAGGGAGAAUCUUAAGAGUUCCUUCGAGAGCCUGGGUAAACCUGUUGGUAUCCCUACGCGAGUUGGUGGCACAAGGUGGGUUGGCCAUAUGCUGCUGGCUGUGGAGACAUUUCUUAAAGGACACCAGGCCAUCUAUAAUCAAAUGAAGGACUGUGUCAACCAAAAGGCAAAGGGUGAGAGUACAACGAAGGCUCUUGGGUACUUGCGUCUAAUGAAGAGGCCUGACAUCCUUGCCUAUAUAUAUCCACCUCUUCAAAGAUGUUCUGAAGCCCCUGAAAGCACUCUCCACUGCACUGCAGGCAAAUGAUACAACACUGGCAGAUGUUUGUGAUAAGAUAGAGAUGGCCAAGUCUGUCCUAGAUUCCUAUAAAACAAGAUAUGUAUAUUUUUGCAUGAAUGUUUUCAUGUUUGCAUGUUUUUAGCAGAUUCACUGAUCGCAUUAUUCAAUUUCAAAUUAAUUUUUUUCUGGGUGAUGGUGUUUAUUCCCUUCUUGUAUUUUGCUUUUUGUAAACAUUAACUUGUGGUGAUGGUGAUUCUUACUUCAUAACAUUUCCUCAGAAAUGGCCCCAACCUAUGCAAGUAUUUUGCUGACCAGGAAAGUGAUGAAAAGGUGUCUGGGAAGGUUGAUGAAAAGAGAUUUAACAGUACUAGAGAAACCUUAGUUAGCAACAUAAUUGCUGCACUUGAAAAGAGAACAGCAGAUGUAUCCAGCAAGUUCAUCUCUGCCACUGAACUAGCUAAUUUCAAAUACUGGCCCUUGUAUGACCAGCCGGAAGUUACAGACUUCGGUGAGACCCAAAUCAUGACAAUCUGUGAACAAUACAAUAACCUCCUGGAGAGGUCUGGCUUCUCGGCUCAAGAUGUCAUCUCUGAGUGGACUAUGCUCAAAAACCAACUUUACAAGAGAUAAAGGGAGAAGGUACAGAAGUUGACAUGGACAGAGGUUUAAGCCUCAUAUGCUGAUGAAGACCAUGCCAAAGUUUUGUCUCUCAUAGAUCUAGUUCUCUGCCUUCCUGCCAGCAGUUCAGAGAAUGAGCGUGGUUUUAGCAAGCUGAAACUAAUCAAAACAGACCACCGGUCAAAGAUAAAAACAUCUACUCUGGACAGUUUGAUGUCAAUCCAGAUGGGCAGUCCUUCCAUCCAGGACUUUGAUCCUGAUGCUGCCAUACAGGCCUGGUUGGGUGCUGUGAAGUCCUCAAGAAGACCAGGGCCCAGUUUCAUCAAGGCUGGAUAGCGCUAUCUUAUAGAUAAAAAUGGCCGCUAUCCUCUGGAUAGUGCGUUUCAUCAACAGUGGAUAGCGCUAUCCAUGGGGUAAAUCAGCUUAUCCAGAGGAAAAAGUUGUCCGCUCGAAAUAGGUGGGAUAAAUCUGCACUCAUGCUGUUAAAAAAUCAAAAAUGGCAAACCUGCUUGCUUUAGGAGUAAAUCCUAUGAGAUUUCACAGGUGUAGAAUGAUAAGAAAGAGAAUUUUAGAAGAUAUGUGUUUGCUUUUGAUACUUUAUGUGAUACUGAAUCAAUAGAUUACAUAACAGACUUUAUCAAAGUUGACAGCGCGCCUGCUACGGACAGAACCCAUGCAAUCUCGGUGAGAGGCCAAUUAUCUUUUAUUUUACUUAAACAUACCUUUCAAAUCGACGAAAAAAUUCUACACUGCAAUUGACAUAAUCUGCCAAACGUGCCAAGUCAGCUAUUUUGUUAGAAAGUAUGUCACGACCUUGCCCUUCAACUGCACAUUGUAAACAUUGCAUGAGGCACAAUGUGAUGUGUUUUUGACACUGACACUAAAAUAUCCUGUAGAUAUUU